CCGGAUCACCGAAGAAGUGACACAUGGAUGCACGCCAAGGGCGGAAUGCCACGAUCCCUCUAUAUACAUACCUGUCAUGUCUUACAGGACUGUUGUGGAAUCUCUUCAUUUUUAUCUAUGAUAAGUAAGUAGUUGUACAAAAGAUGUAUUAUGCCGUUACUUAUUGAUUUACUAUUCCCCCUUUAAACUUAAGUAAUAAGGUCAAAUUUACCGUCCUGGUAAUAUCGGAUUUGAAAAUGGCUCCCAGAUUUCACCCAAAGGUAUGGCAGAAAGUUGAGAGAGACGCGUCGAGCCAACUUGAUAUUAUAAUCGUAGGUGCCGGGCUCGGCGGUCUUGGCGCAGCUAUUUCUAUACUUCUAGCAGGACAUCGCGUGACCGUACUUGAAAGCGCAUCUGAGAUUGGCGAAAUAGGUGCCGGUAUUCAGGUCUUGCCUAAUUCAUCGAGAAUAUUAAUUUCUUGGGGACUCGAAGAUGAGCUUGUCAAGCAUGCGACGAAGCCUCGGUACGCAAAUAUGAUCGGCUGGAAGGGUAAUAGAUUAUCAAGAAUGGACCUCCAUGCUUAUGAGAAGGCUCUGGGUACCCCUUUCUGGGAUUUCCAUAGAGCUAACUUACACCGUUGCCUCCUCGAUCGGGCUGUCGAGCUCGGAGCUGAUAUUCGCGUGAGAUCGAGAGUCCAGACGAUCGAAUAUGCCACGGAUGGAUUAACGGCAAGCGCAGUGUUAAGCGACGGUAGGAUUAUGUCCGCAGAUCUCAUCGUCGGCGCAGAUGGCAUCUCAUCUCGGCUGCGCGAGGUUCUUCUCGGCAAGCCAGAUCCCCCUUUACCAACAGGUGACCUUGCCUAUAGGCUCCUCAUCAAUACCAAAGAUAUGCUGGCAGAUCCUGAAUUACGACACUUUAUCCAAAAUCCUCAAGUCAACUAUUGGAUAGGGCCCGAUGCGCACGCGGUAAACUAUGUCCUUAGGGGCGGGGAAUUAUUCAAUAUGGUCCUGUUAGUCCCGGACGAUAUGCCUGCAGCUGCCAUGACUGUGGAUGGGAACGUAGAAGAGAUGCAAGCACUAUACAAAGACUGGGACCCCGUAAUAGGCAAGAUCUUAAGUCUGUGUCAAUCUGUUCAGAAGUGGAAGCUCUGCAUACGACCUACUUUGGAACAAUGGACACAUGAAUCGGGGACAUUUACACUGCUAGGGGAUGCUGUCCACGCAACACUGCCGUACCUCGCUAGCGGUUGCGGCAUGGCACUAGAAGACGGAGCGGCCUUGGGUCUCUGCCUUGCAAAGCUGACUAACAAGUCUCGCGAGCAAAAGUUAUACGCACUUAAAGUGUACGAAGAGUGCCGAAAAGAGAGGACCGAGAGGGUAGUUGAAAGGGGUAAUUUCCAACAGUACAUGUACCACCUCCACGAUGGCGAAGAACAGAGAGAAAGAGACAGGAGACUCGAAAUGUUUGGGCGGAUUGAUGAAGAGUUAUUCAAAAAUCCGGAGGUUAUCACGCAACCACGGUCAGAAUCGGGGGAUGAUCCAUUACCUUGGAGGUAUUAUGGCGUAGGAGGUUGGCUUUUACCGUAUGACAUAGAGACGGCUGUGGAGCGCAAAUGGGAUCAGACACGAAGGGAAAACCAGGCGCGCCCGCUACUAUAGCUUACUUGGUAUUAUCACUAUCAUGAAUCAACCCUCUUAAAUUAUCCUUCUUUUUUUUUUUUUCUCCUAUUCAUCUUCCUCGUCCAACCCAAACUCUCAAAGUCAAUCCUAAGACACCGUACCUAAGGGGUAU